AGAAAAGAAAAACAAAAUCUCUCUUCCUCCUUUCCCCAAUAUUUUUUCUACGAGGCCAACAUCCUCAAAACUCAAAGCGUCAAAACCAAUUCCUUUCUCUUUCCUGAAUUCCAAUUUUCUCUCUCUCACACAGACACACACUUUAAUCUGUGCUUCCCAUUCUCACACACACACACACACCUCUCUACGCUUCCCUUUCUCCUUUCCAGGAAAACACAUUUUCCUUUUUUCCCUAUUCUAUUUUCUUUUCUAUUUUUCUAUUUUGGGAUUGAAAAUUCCAUCUUUAUCUGUUAGAAAACCAAGAAAAGUUGUGGAUUCGUCAUUUUUGUUGUAUCUCAGGGCUUAUUUGAUUUUCUAUUUUAGGGUUUCCUUUUCCAGUUUAAUCCCUUGAUCAAUUAUUUCUCUCAGACCUUCCCUUUAGGGUUCUUUUUGUUUUAAUUUUUUUUUUUUUUUUAAAUUGUUGAGGAAAGGUGUUUUUUUUGGGGGGUUGAUAUAUAGGAGUAUAUAAAAACUACCAAGUGCUAUUAACACCCUUUUUGGUCAUUUUAUGGUUGUGCAAUUGAAGAAUUGGCCUUGCUUUUAUUAAUCUAUUAACCAUAUUGUUGACUGCAUUCUUGGGGUUUUUAUUUGUAAUUCAAAUUUAGCUUUUGUAUGAGAUACUUGAUAAAGGGGUUGCUAGUUUAGCUUUGUGGGGAGAAAAGGUUGGAUUUUUGUUGAACAAUUUGUAGUGAGGUUAAACAAGUAGUUCUUGUAUGGGAGAACACGAGGAAUGGGCAGAGCCAAGUGGGCUAUUGCCGAAUGGGCUAGUGCCCGAUGCAGGACCGGUGAUCGGAGUCCUUGACUCUGAGAGAUGGUCAAAGGCUGAGGAAAGGACUGCUGAGCUCAUUGCCUGCAUUCAGCCUAACCAACCAUCCGAGGAGCGCAGAAAUGCUGUUGCUGAUUACGUUCAGCGCCUCAUCAUGAAAUGUUUCCCAUGUCAGGUUUUUACAUUCGGCUCAGUACCCUUGAAGACUUAUCUUCCUGAUGGGGACAUUGAUUUAACUGCCUUCAGUAAUAACCAAAGUUUAAAAGAUACAUGGGCUCAUCAGGUUCGUGAUAUGCUAGAGAAAGAGGAGAAAAAUGAAAAUGCUGAAUUUCAUGUGAAGGAGGUCCAGUACAUUCAGGCAGAAGUGAAAUUAAUAAAAUGUUUAGUUGAAAAUAUCGUGGUUGACAUAUCUUUCAAUCAGUUAGGGGGUCUAUGUACCCUUUGCUUCCUGGAGGAGGUUGAUCACCUGAUAAACCAGAAUCAUUUGUUCAAGCGCAGCAUUAUCUUGAUUAAGGCAUGGUGUUAUUAUGAGAGCCGUAUACUGGGUGCUCAUCAUGGUCUCAUUUCAACUUAUGCCUUGGAAACCUUAGUUCUUUACAUAUUUCAUGUGUUCAACAAUUCCUUUUCUGGGCCACUUGAGGUCCUUUUCCGCUUCUUGGAGUUCUUCAGCAACUUUGAUUGGGACAACUUUUGUGUUAGUUUAUGGGGUCCUGUGGCUAUUAGUUCACUUCCUGAUGUCGCUGCGGAACCUCCUCGCAAAGAUGGUGGAGAAUUGCUUCUCAGCAAAUUGUUUCUUGAUGCCUGUAGCUCUGUGUAUGCUGUUUUUCCUGGUGGGCAGGAAAACCAAGGGCUACCUUUUGUCUCUAAACAUUUUAAUGUGAUUGAUCCUUUACGAGUAAACAACAACCUUGGUCGUAGUGUGAGUAAAGGUAACUUUUAUAGGAUACGGAGUGCGUUUGCAUUUGGUGCCAAAAGGCUGGCAAGAUUGCUGGAUUGCCCCAAAGAAAAUCUAAUUUAUGAAGUAAAUCAGUUUUUUAUGAAUACCUGGGACAGGCAUGGCAGCGGCCAAAGGCCUGAUGCCCCAGAGGCUGAAUUGUCACACAUAAGAUUGUCAACACCAGAUGACGUACCGGAGUCUCAGAAUUUUAGGGUCAAACCCAGUGGAAAAAAGGUGAGUAAGGCGGAGGGAGCCAAUCCACGGAAUGCUUCUUCUCAAUAUGUUAGCCAUUCUUCUGGAACCUUCUCUAGAACAAAUGAUUUUUCUGUGUCCUCUUAUACUGAAAACCGAAAGAGCCACAACAAUUUGAGCAACUCAAGGGUUUCUGAUCAAUUGCAGAAGGAAACUGCUACCUCUCAGGUUUCACAUGCUGACAAAAUUCAGAGAGAUUCAAAAUCUGAUCAAAUACUGAAUGAUAUCCAGGGUAGGUUUGUUUUCGCCAGAACGCGGUCUAGUCCUGAGCUUACAGACACCUAUGGUGAUAAUAACAAUCGAGAAAGGCAUGGAAGAGCUCCAGAGACUGCAAAAAUGCAACCCACUCCGAUGAGGCAGGACAACAGUUAUAAAAGGAGGAAUCAAGGAUCUGAAAAUGUUGCAGGUCAGAGCGGUCGAACUCUAAAUGAUAACACGCCAACUGUCGGACACAUUCCAUCCCAUCAGAGUCAUGAUCUUGGGACCGAUUCCAAUGGUGGAUUAAAUAGCUUUCACCGAGAAUCAGGCAUCGAUGUUCUGAAUGAAGAGCUCUCGUCGACUGGUGGGGGGACACAGGGUAUGCAUCAGGAAGAGCAAGAUCUUGUGAAUAUGAUGGCAUCUACUUCAAUCCAUGGAUUUAAUGGUCAAGUUCAUUUUCCUUUUAAUUGGGCUUCAGCUCAGUUACCUUUUCCUAUCUCUCCUUCAUUUCUGACUUCUAUGGGCUAUAAUCAACGAAAUAUGCCAGGAGUUCCCACUAAUAUUCCGUUUAUGGAUCCUGCAUUUUCGAACAUGCAAUUUCCGCAUGGGUUGAUUUCACCUCAUUUCAACCAGUACUUCCCAGGCCUUGGGUUGAAUCCAACUUCUGAAGAUCCAGUUGACCGCAAUAAUGAGAAUUUUAGUUCUAUGGAGAUGAACUCAGGCGAGGCAGAAAAUGAUUUCUGGCAAGAGCCAGAUGCUGGCUCCAGUGUUGGAUUUGACCCAGAGAAUGGAAAUUACGAAACAGUUCAAUCUGAUCUUAAGCCACAAUCUGUACAUUCAGGUUUUAACUUUGUUCCUUCAUCUUGGGUUAGUGGCUCUGGUAACUCUCUGGGAGCUCAGCAGAAGUAUAUGAAGGAAAAACGUGGGCCAAUUAGGGAAGAACAUUCUGAUAAUAUUCAGUUUCAGGAUAGCAGAGCGAAUGACAUUUAUGCUGAAGAAAGGUUGGCAAGUUCCAGGUUCUCGUCCAGUGCUCAUAGUAGUUCGAUGAGAAGUAAAACCUCUUCUGAGAGUUCUUGGGAUGGGUCAUCCGCUAAAAGCACAAAGUCAACAAGGGAAAGGCGGGGAAAGAAAGCAGCUGCCACAGAGCCAACUACUGGUUAUGGAAAAGGUAAAAUGAUGUCUGACCACGUGUCAGAUCAAGCUGAGGAGGAUGAUCAGGAUUGGAAUUCUGUGUCAAAUGUGGGUACCGAAAUGGCUGAGAGAAGCCAAGGACCUCAAUCUGUUAUUCCCAUGCACCUUGCAAGGCAUGUGCCUGAACAUGAAGUUGCUCAGACAAGUGGAUCAGACCCAAUGAUACCCAUCGCACCAAUGCUUAUUGGGCCUGGUUCUCGGCAAAGAAUGGGUGAUAAUUCUGGGGUUAUUGCAUUUUAUCCCACUGGGCCACCAGUUCCAUUUCUCACUAUGCUUCCAAUAUAUAAUAUUCCACCUGAGGCAGGAACUCCUGAUUCUUCAACAAGCCAUUUAGGAGGAGAAGAAUGCCUAGAUCAUAGUGAUUCAGGUCAGAACUUUGAUACAUCUGAGGGACUUGACCACUCCGAAGAUUUAACUCCAUCCAGCUCUUUUAGGGGGCCCACUUCGAUGGAGGGGCCUGGUGAACACAAGUCCGAUAUACUUAACAGCGACUUUGCUAGUCAUUUUCAAAAUUUGCAAUAUGGAAGGUUUUGCCAAAACCCUAGACAUCCUGGACCACUUGUUUAUCCUUCUCCAGUAAUGGUACCCCCUGUAUAUUUACAGGGUCGUUUCCCGUGGGAUGGUCCUGGAAGACCUCAUUCAGCCAACAUGAACCUCUUUACUCAGUUGAUGAGCUAUGGUCCUCGUAUAUUGCCCGUUGCACCACUUCAGUCUGUUUCUAACAGACCUCCUAAUAUGUUUCAACGGUAUGUUGAUGAGAUACCAAGAUUCCGUAGCGGGACUGGGACGUACCUGCCAAAUCCUAAGGUGUCAGCUAGGGAUCGGCACUCAUCUAGUACAAGAAGGGGCAAUUACACCUAUGAGAGAAACGAUAACCAUGUGGACAGAGAGGGUAAUUGGAAUAUGAAUUCAAAAUCUCGUGCUGCUGGGCGCAGUUAUAACCGCAGCCAAUCUGAGAAGUCAAACUCAAGAGUGGAUCGGUUGGCAUCCGGUGAUAGCCGGGCAGACAGAUCAUGGAACUCACAUAGACACGACUCCAUUCCUUCUUAUCUGUCCCAAAAUGGUCCAUUGCGUGGAAACUCAAGCCACAGUGGCCCUCCUAAUGCAGCAUACGGCAUGUAUCCUUUAACAGCAAUGAACCCUAGUGGAGUGACUUCAAAUGGACCUGGUGGAUCACCUUUUGUAAUGCUGUAUCCAUUUGACGACAAUGCCAGUUAUGGUUCACAUGGAGAACAGCUUGAGUUUGGGUCUCUGGGUCCAGUAGGAUUCUCAGGUGUAAAUGAACAACCUCAGCCAGGUGAGGUAAGUCGACAACGGGGAGCAUUCGAGGAACAGAGAUUUCAUGCAGUUUCUGGGCAACACUCUUCUCCAGAUCAGCCAUCUUCACCUCAUCAUCAAAGGAGGAUUUAAGUAAUUUGCCAGAUAAGUGGCUGGAAGAAAUUAUCGUUUAUCGGUACAAAUUCUUCAACCCUUUAAUAUUAAGGUGGAAGAAGACAGUGAUUUGGUGAUGGAAGAAACAAUGGUGAGGGACUGGCGCGUUACCAGUCAGUCACAUCCUCGCUUUAGUUUAGCAAUGAAGACCGGACCUUGAGAAAUUACUCUUCAGAUUUUGCUAGAAAGUGGUCGUCCUUCAGUUCCUAGUUCUGUAUGUUCUGGAAUCUUUGUUUAGCUGCAGCAACCCUCUUCAAAACAUAAGGUGCAGGUGGUUGGAUGGAGAAGAGAUAUAGGUUUGGUUCUGUUCUUGUAGAGAGAUUAGCAUAUUGUAAUCUCAUUGAAGUAGAAACUCUUCCAAGAAUUUAGAGUUUUUAAACUUGUUAUAGCAGUGUUACCAUUUAAAAAAUUCAUUUUCAAUAGAAUGUAGUAAGAUUUUGUCGAAAACUGAACUUGUACUAGCUUCAGCUUAUGCAGAAUAUUUGCAGUGUAGUGAUGUGACUGUGAUGGUCACAGAGAAUUUAGAAUCGUUUACAAACA